AUUAUUGAAGAAGAAUGCUAGUUUGUACCACACAGACUGAAAAAAUUUACUGUUGCAAUUAUAUAUAACUUCAAGGUAAGUAGGCUAAUAAUAUGGAGUUAAGUUUGGAAAACUCUUUGUAGGUUUUUGGUAUCAAACAAUCCGUGAUAUCUAAAUUAUUUAAUCCCAGAACCUAAACGAAUAUUGCUUGGUCACGAGCCACGGCGUUAAUGCUUGGGGGGAAGAAAACUAAUCGAAGUGAGAGCUCUUUGCUGCCGCUCCCAGGUGUGACUGACAUGAAUCACACCUGUCCAGGUGAGGCUCUGGCGGCUCCUCCGGCUGAUUGUCGGCAGCAAUGUGACGUUGUCGUCCAUCCACUCUGUGUUGAGGAAACCCGGCAAAGUUUCCCUCUGUCCAGGAAACUGCGAGACGUCUUCUUUUGCCACUUGACGUUUGAAGGAUAUUUCGGCUAUGGAUAAAUUAAAAUCGGUUCUGAGCGGCGAAGAGUCGCGACGAGACGACCGCAACAUUUUACAGUCUGUGAACGAAGCCUCCACUUUAGGCUGGGGGACGCGCAUCAAAGGGUUCAUCGCCUGUUUCGUGGUGGGGGCUGCGUGCACUGUUUUGGGAGUCUGUAUGCUGUUUCUGCCCAAGGUUGGUCUCACUCUCUUCAUCGUCUUCUACACAUUUGGAAACGUUUGUGCUCUUUGUAGUACAAUGUUUCUGAUGGGCCCAAUGAAGCAGCUCAAGAGGAUGUGUGACAAGACAAGAGCACUGGCCACCACAAUCAUGCUUACUUGCCUGGUUCUAACUCUGUGCGCAGCUUUUUGGUGGAAGAACUUUGGACUUGCUUUAUUAUUUUGCAUUUUGCAGGUCUUGUCCUUUUCCUGGUACAGUCUGUCAUACAUCCCCUGUGUCAGGGAGGCGAUCUUGAAAGCUGUGUCUAUCUGCGUGAAGUGACCCCAGUGUUUAGAGCAAAGGAUAAAGGCUAAAUGAAGAAAUUUACAGAUCGGGAUGGGGGUUCUGGAUGAAAUUGCACAAAACGUCCUGCUCUAUCAAUCCAGCUGAUUUUUCACUGAAUCUAUUAAUACUUUUUUUAAGUAAAUUUUAAUAACUUUGCCUUUAAUUGUAUUAUGUGUAAAUAUCUGUAAAAAAUAAAUACAUUAAAACUUUCA